AUGCCGAGAUCAGCCCCGAUUCCGCCCUCGUUGUCAUCAUCAUCUUGCUCUCCCAAAGUGUCCAAUCUUGGUAGCAGGCGAUCGCGCCAGCGCCACCGCCAGCGCGAUCGCCUGCACCGAUCGUCACCAUCGUCCAAGAAAGCACUCGCAACACCUCCUCCUCACAAAUCUUUCGGAAGAUUUUUACCUUUCGGAAAGCGCAGAUCGUCAUCAAGUAACAACAUUCCUCAGAAAGCGGAACUCACUAAAGCAAACCUCGAAGCUCAUCUCGCUAGGACUAGAGCAGAAGAGGAGGACGACAACCAAAAGAAUAGCCCCAAAGGAUACAGUCCUUACUACCGAGGACUUUUAGCAAACACUACGCCUACUCAGAGCUAUUUAGGCCCCGGCGGAGGAAAACAAGCUGUGCCCGAGAGCCAUGUCGCUCCUCCUCCUCCACCUCCUCCUACUUCUGCUGCCUUCACUAGAUCAUCAUUCGCUUCCACCAUCAUCAUCAGGCUUCAAGAAGCGCUUGGGAGUUCUUGCUUUCCGUUCAAAUCAACCAAGAAUAAGGAAAAAGACAAAAACGACGACGAUGAUGAUGGUUAUCAGCCUCCGGUGGCGCCGGCAAUGGCGUCCCCCGGACUGAGACUAAACAGUACGGCUACGAAUUCAACUAUUGCUGUCGUUGACCGCCCUCCGUUGUUGUCAAUGGGGAGGGGUGACGACAGUGAUGGUGAAAAGAAGCCAUUGAGGGAGAGUUUUCAAGGACCAGCUCAUGAUCAUGAUCAUGAUCUUCAUGACCACCAAGCUGAGCCUCCUUUGUCCACUGAACAUCAUGAGCCGACGGUAGUCCGGCGGCCGUCCGACGAAUCAGAGGUAUUACCAGGACAGAGGAUAUUUGUAUGGGCUGACAAGUAUCGGCCUAAAGCUUUGGAAGAUUUCAUAUGCAAUCGGAACAAAGCAAUUGAACUCCAGCUUCUGGCAAGGACGGGAGAAUGUGGACAUUUCAUAUUUCAAGGGCCAGCAGGUGUGGGCAAGAGGACCAUGAUCUGGGCUAUGCUUCGAGAGGCUUUUGGUCCCGAUUCUAUACAAGCCAGUGAAGAAUUCAAAGUUUUCAAUUUACAGGGUGAAGAAGUAGGAAGUAUUGAAGUACUAGUGAAGAAUUCUCCACGGCUAUUAGAAGUAAAUAUUUCAGACAUUAAAGGGUAUGAGAAGCAUGUCAUCUAUGAACUCAUCAAGGAAAAUAUAUCUCAGAGCAUUUCCUAUAAUAACACCUCUCUGCCAUGCAAACCACCAGACAACUGCCGAGCAAUAAUCUUUUAUGGAGUGGAAAAGCUGUCAUCGGACGCCAUUCUAUACAUUAAGUGGCUGUUGGAAAGGUAUAAUGCGUGUAAUAAGAUCUUCUUCUGCUGCUCCGAUCUAUCAAAGCUUCAGGCCAUCAAAAACCUUUGCACUGUGGUUCAGCUUUUACCCCCUUCAAGGACCGAGAUAAUUAAAGUUUUGAAGCUCAUUGCUGAGAAAGAAGGGAUAGAUGUGCCUCAAAAAUUAGCUGAAAAGAUUACAGAUGCGUCUAAAAAAAAUCUUCGCCAAGCCAUUCGUUCAUUCGAGGCAACCUGGCUAAAACAUUAUCCCUUUACAGAAGAUCAGGAAGUUCUGAAUGGUUGGGAAGAUGAUAUUGCCAACAUUGCUAAGAACAUGAUUGAAGAGCAAGGCCCAAAACUGCUAUAUAUCAUCCGGGGAAAGCUUCAAAAUCUCGUAGAGCAUGAUGUGUCUCCUGAUCUUAUUUUCCAGUCACUGGUGGAAGAAGUGAAGAAGCAUUUAGAUAAUGAGACAUUGAAGCGCCGGGUUCAUAAUCUGUACGUGGAAUACAGUAAAACAGAUGAGAGUAUUUUUGAGAGUGACAAAGCGCUUGCACAUCCAAGAAAGAGUACUAAUGCCCAGCAGUUCAUGAGGAUUGAAGAGUUUAUAGCCAAAUUCAUGAGCUGCUACAAGACUGAAGCUACCAAAAUCAUGCAGCAGGAAAAUGAAGAUCACAAUAGUAAAAUAUAAAGGGAUUUCUGUUGUUGGCAUCCCUUGUACUAAUAUCUAGACAAAACUACAGAAUAAGGUUUCUAAAAGGAAUAUGUAAUCCUUUAUACUAUAUUGCUGGAAACUAAUGGUUUCCUGACAACUUUGAACAGCAUACUGUAAAAUUACAAGGAAUAAGAUACACAUCAUGUGAAGAAACUGUUUGUUGAAGCAUAAUAACUCCCAACAAAAAGAAUUUUCUUUUUUAUGUUACCCCAAAUUCGUUUAUUUUACUUUUAAUGUAACAUACACCCGGGUAAUGAUAUGAUUUCAGUAACAUCAACACUUUUGUGUACAUAUUCAUAUGUCAUGGCAAGCUAAGUUUGCACCUACUUCACUAUAGUCAAUAAAUUUAUUAACAUUUCGAAUAGUCAUAACUACACAUGAAAAAUUAUCAAAAAAAUUAGUGUCCGAAACUGAUUACACAUAGCUGUA